AUCCCUGUCAACCACGCCAUCUCGUUUCAGUUGUGUACUCUCGCAUCUCGCUACUGAUCUGUGCAUGUGAGGAUGUGUAUAGCUACUGUGUGAUUCGAAUCCGUCUAUUCGCUGACUUGAGUUAGACGUGGGGCAGGUAUAUUCCUGCAAGCAGAGCUUGCUGGUUGCAGGCUGCCAAAGUUCAUAUUGAGUUCAAUGCUAGCGGAAUUACCGUGCCCUGCCCUCGUGAUUAAGAUGGAUACGGAGAAACGAAGCAAGGUUAGCUGAUAAACAUCUUGCAGAGUGGCAACGCUCACGAUGUAGUGUUUUUGGACGUCUACGGAAUCAUGUCUCGUCCGAACUGAUCACCGCAAGUAUAGGCCACAUUAUAUUCAUGAAGAUGGCGAAGGGAACCGUUCUCCAGUCGGCACAGGGCUCAAAGAAGGGAAACUCGACACUGUUUGUGAUUGCACCUCUUCUAUUCUCAGUCGGAUUACUGGCUGUGUUUUUCGGGCUGGCUACGUGGAAUCCCGCUGCGAAGGAGCUGAUAUGGGCUGAAGAACUCGGAGGUGAAAGAGAUAGAAGACCUCAAGUAAACGAUCAUGAACGAGAGAGAGGGGGUGGCGGAGCUAUGCCGCAUGACGUUGCGCUUGCUCUGUUACAUUUUGCCACCACAAAAGAACUACCGCAGCAAUCGAAGGACGAGAUUGCAAUGACAUUGGGAGUGCUGUUGCAACGUGCACCGUGCAAUUUCCUUGUGUUUGGAAUGUGGUAUGACAGCUUGCUGUGGGCCACUUUUAACUACGGAGGUCGUACUGUCUUCCUCGACGAGAGCCAGGAGUGGAUUGAUCGCAUGAGAGUCAAGCAUCCGGAGCUAGAGAUCUACAAAGUUAAAUACAGCACAACGCUACAAGAUGCAUCGGACUUGCUACAGAAGGCAAGAGAGACUAUCUCAACUAAAUGUCGACCAUAUCAGCCAAUUGAAACCUCCGAGUGUGCUCUGGCCAUGAGUCAGCUGCCGAUAGAAAUACUUUCUGUGCAAUGGGAUGUGAUUAUGAUUGACGGACCCCGAAGCUAUCCUAAGUAUUCCAACUUUCCGGGACGAAUGAGCCCUAUUUUCACUUCUGCGGUUGUAGCGCACACAAGAACUGCUUCAGAGUACACAGACAUCUUUCUUCAUGACGUUUCAAGGCCACUCGAGAAGCAGUUCAGUGAAGAGUUUUUGUGCGCAACCAAUCUAGUGAAGAGCAUUGGAGACCUCUGGCAUUUCCAAGUAUAUCCAGGCAGGAAGACUCGAUUUUGUUCAGAUAAAACCCAUUGAAGUCUUUCUGGUUCAUAACUUGGAAACAUUCAAUAUUACCUGCAUCUCAUUUCACUUCCUAGCAGAUAAGUGCCGCUCUGAUAUAUGUGCAGGCUGCUUGCUUUUGAAACAUUCAAACAGCUUGUUGAGAUUUGUGAAUGUCGAAGCAUACAAUGGGAAGUCUGGAAAGACGUGAAUAUCAAUCAAAGUGAGGCAAUUUUUUCAAA